AUGGGGCGCGAUAUUGAGUGGAUAUCAGCAUCUCCCUACAAAUCGCGCAUUCAGAUGGCUAUUUCAGCUUAUCAGAAAGGCCAGGUUAAAUCAAUUAAACGCGCUGUGGCCCUUUUUGCUGUCCCCGAAAGCACUAUACGCGAGGAUUUCCAAUUCGACCCGAAUAUCUACGUGGAAUGGCCCAGGUUUUACUUCGCAGUCGUUUACAAGACCCUACCGCAGCUAUCGGAACUAAACUGGCCUUAUAACUUUGUUAAACGCCAUCCUCAGCUCCGUACGCGAUAUACAAGGCGUAUUACCUAUCAGCGCGCAAAGCAGGAAGAUCCAAAGGUUAUAGGCCCGUGGUUUGAGACCGUACGAGCGACUAUUCAAGAACACGGCAUACAUGAAGACGAUAUCUGGAAUUUCGACGAAACUGGCUUUGCAAUGGGAGUCUGCUCUACUUCAAAAGUGAUUACUGCAGUAGAGCGAAGCGAGCGACCGCGCAGAGUUAUUCAGGGCAAUCGUGAAUGGGUUACAAUCAUCGAAACAAUCGGGUCAAGAGGCGUAUAUCUACCGCCAGUCAUUAUAUUAAAGGCAAGCGUUCAACAGGCUGCCUGGUUCCAAGAACCUAAGCUGCCUCGCGACUGGUGGAUUUCUACUAGUCAGAAUGGCUGGACGACUGAUGAAAUAGGCCUUCUCUGGCUGAAAAAUGUCUUUGAACCGCUUUCUAAGCGCUAUAUGACUGGUGCAAAGCGCUUGCUUAUUCUUGACGGCCAUAGUAGUCAUUUAACUGCUGAAUUCGAUGAUUUCUGCAAGCAGAAUGCAAUAAUAUGUCUCUGCAUGCCUGCCCAUACUUCACAUCUUCUUCAACCGCUUGAUGUGGGCGUUUUUGGCCCGCUUAAAGAGGCGUACGGAAAGCUCCUUGAAGACCUUAUGGCUGCUGGCAACAACCAUAUUAAUAAAGAAGACUUCCUAUCGCUAUAUCCGGACGCCCACAAGCAAAUCUUUACUUCGGCCAAUAUCUGCAGCGGCUUUAGAGGAGCAGGGCUUAAGCCGCUUGAUCCAGAGCAUGUUCUUUCCAAGCUUACCUUUCAACUGCGUACGCCUACACCACCACUAGUUGAAGGCUCAGUUUCCUCUGCUUUUCAGACUCCGCAGAAUACUCGCCAGCUGAAUCGAAAGGUUCGAAGCCUGCAGAAUAGCCUUAAUAGAAAGCGGCAGCUUUCUAGCAGUCCUAUUGCGCAUAUUCAACAUCUGGAGAAAGCAGCGCAGAUGGCGAUGCAAACUACCCUUCUUUUGCAGCAAGAAAUUAUGGGCUAUACGCGCUGA